GAAUCGUAGCUACUAUUUUAACAAUUUUUGUUGCAUCGCUAGCUAAAAUAGUCUAUUAAAAAAAAAAACAAUUGGGCUGAAAGGCAAAGUAAUCAUGAUUACUUUAAUUACAUUUCUGAAAGCAGUUUUUUCGAGUCAAUUGAUCCAGUUUCAAUACGAAGUACAUAUAUCGGAUGAUGAAGCAUUACAAUGACGAGGGUAACGGCAAGAUGACUAACGUCAUGAUUCCUAAUUUUGUCGAAUUCAUCGAGGCGGAUUCAGUUGUCAAGAUUCGAUGGGAGCACAAGGAGGCGAAGCUCGUGGACUCCAACGACCGCGAAAUAUCGCUGUUAGAAGUUCUUCCUGUACUUAAGGACAAGUGUACUCGUAAAAAGCUUUUCGGUGAGACGUUGGAAGAAGAAGCUAAGAUCUACCAAUUUGUCGAAUGGAGUCUGCGCUUUGGGCCUGAUCUUCAGGGUGACCAGGCUGCUACCGCCCUAAAGGAACUUAAUUCCUUCCUUGAAAACCGUGUCUAUCUCACGCAGCACCGCCUCACCCUUGCUGAUGUUGUCGCGUUCUAUACUGUGCACAGCCUUAUAGCGAAACUGACGUAUUACGAGAAGGAACGAUACGUCCAUGUCAGCCGCUGGUAUAACCUGAUUCAACACACGCCGGUAAAAAUGAAGCUUCUUGAAGUAAAAUUCAGUCGGUCUAAGUUGUACUAGCGUAUUUAUAAAAAUAGAUAACUUGUUUAAAUAUAUAAGUGCGAUA